CGUACGUAUACAUUCUUACGUAGGUACGUGCAUGCCCAUUGCGCUGCUCGUUGUGUAGCGCGUGAAAACACACACACUGGCGAGAGCAGCGGAUUCGUUCGCGAAGGGCCAGUGAUUAGGGAACUGUCCAUCGAUGUCGGGGUGCUUCGAGUGACCGACCGAUCCGCCGUACAGAGUGGGUGUAGAAUCGAAAAUGGGCAAUGCCCAGAAGAAAGUGGCCUACCAGCCGCCCAGCCUGCACGUACCCUACAUACCCAAUAGCACCGUUGGUAGCAGCGGCAGCAUACCUAAGAAAGUGCACUGGGACAGACCAGGCCUGCCAGCGCCACCGGGAAAGCCCAUUCUCAUACCGGGCGACGAGGACUCGCAACCGGAUGUCGUGGGCAUUCGCUGGGAGCGCUCGCCGAGCAACGGGGGCUCCGCCAUCAUCGGCUAUCACGUGGAGCACCGCAAAGUAGGUUUCCAUCACUGGGUGCGCUCGGCGCCGGUGCUCUGCACCUUUCCCGAACUGACGCUCAGCGGCUUGGAGCCCGGAUGGCGAUAUCAGUUCCGAAUAAGGGCCCAGAAUGCCAUGGGCAUGAGCGAGCCAAGCGAAUUGUCCGAUCAAUUGUCGGUGACUUUACAGAGAACUGCGGCUUUGCCACCCAAAUUCGAUAUAGAACUUCAAGACUGCGUAGCUCUGGAAGGUCAACAGGCUAAGUUUACAGUGACGUUUUUGGGAACACCCGUUCCCAAGAUUUCAUGGUACAAAGACGAUUUCGAAAUCUACAGCAGCGGACGAACGACAAUUACGACCGACAGUGGUAGUAGUAUUUUAACUAUACACAAUAUAACGAUCGAUUGCGAAGGGGAAAUAAAAUGUUCAGCUACAAACAGAGCUGGACACACGAGUACCCGAGCUAAACUGAUAGUCGAAGCUACCCCUCGUGUUCGAAUACCUCGUCAAUACGAAGAGGGUCUACUAUUCGAACAGGGAGAAACGAUUCGACUAAAAGCCACAAACGGUGGACGGCCACCGCCGAGUAUAACGUGGUAUCACGAUGGCGAUAUCAUUAUUGCCGAUGAGCGACAUAAUUUCGAGUCAAUUACCGACAACGAGUCUAUUCUUAAAAUUCUUGAUGCCAAUCGACAAGAUCGUGGCGAAUACUCCAUACGAGCCAUCAAUAAGCUCGGCGAAGAUGUAGUAUCGUUUUUAGUAACUGUUACUGAUCGUCCAUCUGCGCCAAGUCAGCCAAGAGUUGUAGGAACUGUUGGAAAAUCGUUCACAUUGAGUUGGAACGAACCCGAAGACGAUGGAGGUUGCAAAAUUGGAAUUUAUACGAUUGAAUAUUACAGAAUCGGAUGGGACGUAUGGCUAAAAGCUGCGUCAUCGAGGCAAACAACGGCAACUCUCAACGAAUUGAUCGAGGGUUCUCAGUACAGAUUCAGAAUAAAAGCUGAAAAUCCUUAUGGGGUUAGUGACCCCAGCGAACCGAGCGAAGUUGUCUUUGUAGCUGAUCCAAAAAGAGGAAUAACUGAACCCAACAUGCGGGCAAAGUCAGCGAGCCAUCGGGAUAUUCCGCGUGGACGAAGCGAAAGGCGUGAAUACAUUGUUCGUGAUUCAGGCCAGAGAACUCGCAGUCUCACUCGCGAGGAAGCCAAUAAUCGUGAAUCUAUGAACGCCUACGAUAGAGCCACGUCCACUCAAAGGUUGAACGCCUCGGGAAGACCGUCCCGCGCCGACAGCCGAGUGACGUUUGCCCUCGAUACGACCAGUGGUGAAAAGAAUGAGCCCAAGAGACAGUGGUCAAAGGAACUUUUACCGCAGCCAGAAUUGAAAAGUUCAGGUCUUUCGAGAUCGCUUCAACCGAUAGUUGUCGUCACGCGAAAUGUCAAUGAUACGGGAGGUCGAAGCCCCGCGACUUCUCCAACGCCUCGAAAUUAUUUUUCAUUUCCACGAGAACACAGUCCUUUUUCGUCUCCGCUUAACAAUACCGCAGAAAAUUCGGCCGAGAAGCAACAAAUGGAAAGAAGCGAUCGUUCGAUUUUGAGUCCGCCUAAAGUACCUCGUCGUCGGAGAAGCAGCGUCGAUAUGAAAAACUCGUCGGUUAGCUUGCACUCAUUGAGGAGAGACGACGAAGAUAAUAUGCUGCACGGCAGCUCUGAGUUCAUGCUCGUGCUUUAUCCUGAAAAGCCGAAAAGCGAAAAACAAGAUAAGAGCAAUCUCAACGUCACACCACGAGAAUCAGAAAUGGAUAAAAAAAUGUUGCUCAGUGAAUCGAACCAGGAGAAAGUCAAUCAAUCCGCUAAUGAAAAUGCCGAAGAUAGCGCGGAUGAAAACUUCAUCCUGCCACCGAUGUCUCUUUCAUUGCCCGAGCUUUUUAGCGCUACUCAUGAAAUUGUCGAAGUACUUCGAGAGGCAAUCAGUUCCACCGAGCUUCUUCACGAGAGAGCUAUGGAACGUUUUUAUAAGGCAGUCGAAGCUGAAAAAUCAGCGGAACAGGCUAAACGCCCUUCCAGCUCGGCGUUAUUCAAUAAACGCCCUCCAGACGGAGACUCGUAUCCGCUGUUCGGCAUGAAAAUUCAAACGGUAAAGCGAAAAUUGUCCAACAGCGGUGCCAGUUGGCAGGUGAAACGCGAUCGCCGUCGAUCCAGCGAGGGACAAGCCAAGAUCUUCGCCUUGAAGAGCACCAAACUGCCCAACGAGGAUAUUUUGGAGAGCGCCAUUUCCGACCCCAAUCUGCCGACGAGCAGCGAGAUGCUUGCGCAUCCGAAGGCGGACCACCCGUGGACUAAGGGGGUGGGCGCAACUGCCAGUGGGAUGGAGGACAGCGUCGAGCGUUUGCGCAGGUGGCACGAGCCCGGUAUCGAUCUCAGCAACGAGGCCUCCAUCGCCGAAAUUAUCGACAAGCAGCAUAUUGACGAUAAUGAAAAGGACAUCUUCAAGAUACCUGAGCCGCUCCAUAUCAAAACAACUAUAUCACAGCAAAAUGCCCAUCUUUACGAUGAAAUUCCAAUGUACGAUGAUGAAAUUUUGGCCGAAGACAGUAUAGAGACAUCGGGGGCGAAUUCUGACGCUGCGAGCAGCGACAGCGAAGAUAUAAAGCAAUUAAAAGCGCGAAUAUUGGCCAUACCGGUAAUGGAAGAGCAGGAAACGUACCACCCUCGUGGUCGAAUAAUUAUGCAAGCAGAGCACAGCGAAGUAGAUACUCCUCCACCGAUUCCACCUCAUCGAGUUCAAUCGAGAAAUCUAAUGACACCACCCCCGGUGCCCGAAAGAACUCAUUUGUCUCCGACUCGACUGUCACCUGCGCCAUCCCUGCCCGAAAGAACUAAUUUAUCACCGACACGACUGUCACCGGCUCGACUAUCACCAACUCGGCAGUCACCAAGUCGGUUAUCACCAGCUUCUUCUGCGAACAGCAUUUUGCCGAAAUCUAUUCUGAAGAAACGCAAUGAAAUCGAAGCUGUUCCGGUUAACGAUUUUGGAAGACCCAUCCCUCCCGAAAAACCUCUGCGUAAAUCAAUGCUUCAUGAUGAUUCUACGACGAAUUCCUCAGUUUUCAAUAAUAGAUCGAUAUCGAGUCCAAUCCGAAGUCCAGAGGUAACGCCAAAACCUGUAGAAUUUUCGUCUCCUCUACGUCCAACGAGCCCAAUAGGACAUUCAUCUUUUAUGGCAACAACUACAGCUUCUACUUCGCUUUCUUCUCCGGUAGAAAAGUUCGCAGAGAAUACAACGGUCACUUCCUCGAUUAAGCCUCAAGUCAAGCCUCUAAAUUCUUCGAUUGCAUCACCUUUUGUAAAUUCGUCAGUUCCGUCAUCGGCAAUCAAUGGUAAAAUUAUUGAACCCAUUGAACCAAUAAUACCUACAACUAUGGGUAAAAUGCUAGAUUCGAGCCUACCCAUUGUAUCAUCAGCCCUUUCAAAUAUUUCAUCUCCCGUAACGUCAGCGUUAACAUCUGCAGUAACAUCGAGCAUAUCUUCGGACAAGCAUUCAUCGAAAUCUAUCAACGAUGCCGACGCAGACCUUGAUAAAGAAGCAGUUAUUUCUGCCGCCGAAGCAGCCGUGACAAAGAGAUCUCGGAUGAGGCAAGGUUCGAGGGGGCUUUCCCUUGAAGAAGAGCAAGAAAUCAAAGAAGAAAAGAAGGCCGUUGUCAGCCAUUACACGGAGCUCGUCCGACAAUAUUCGACGCCCGAAUUUCGUCAACGUUCGCUCAGCCGCGAUAGAGAGACGAGGCGUUACACAGAAAGCCCUUCGGAAUCGAGGCUGACAUCUCCUGGGCCCACAGGCUCGAGUCGCUCGUCCCUUACCAGAGACAAGCUGCCGGUUACACCGGGAAAAAUUAUCGAACCCAUUCAGCCGAUUAUACCUCCUUCGAUUGGUAAAAUAAUAGAACCCAUUCCGCCGAUCAUACCAGCGAUUCCAAUACAGAAAGCCAAACCAAUCGCACCAGAACAGAGAUCUCGACGCGAGAGCUUAAAUAACGACUCUGCUGGAUUGGAUUUGGAAUCUCCGACGAGUAAGCGAAUGUCGAGACGCGAUUCCGCCAAUUUGUCGCCUAAUCUAAGAAGCAGAGACGACGCAUCGUUAACGAGAAUGGAAUUCAGGCCUUCCUCUAGAAACGAAUCAAAUACUGUGAGAUCUCGAAAAUUUUCUCGAGAUCUAGAGUACAACGACGAGUCAAAAUUGACUGUACCUAGCGAAGCUGCUUCUACACAAAUUCCUCCUGGAACUAGAAGAAGUCGAUCGCGAUCGAGAAACGCUUCAGUUGAUCAUUCAAGAGCUGCUACUCCAUUGGAUGUGAAAUCUGAAGUUACUGAUCAAAAGAAUCGCAGUGAACAAUCUUUAAAUAACGAUGACAAUAAGAUAGAAGACAGGAAUAAAAAAGUACGCUUGGCUACGAAUUUCAUUAUUGAUUUUAGUCUUCUUAUUGUCGCCGUGUAUGUGUACUUGUUCCAAAAAGAAAUUUUUGCUAUUCCAUUAAUUAUUAUACUACUGUACAGACAAAUACGAGAAGAAUUAAAUCCUUACUUACCUGAAAGAUGGAGGCAUUAGAUUAAAUCAUGCUAUUAAUUUUCACAAUGUUGUAACUUACCUAUAUUUUUAACGAAAUCAGAAAGUAUGUAAUAUUGGAAUUUUGUCUCAGACUUUUUAUACUUUCAACUCUUGGUUAUUUCCGCAGCCAGAAAGCCAAAUAUGUACAAUAUUUUUUCUUGAUAGGUCAAAAGCAAACUGAUUGAUUUCAAAUAAUAAUCAUAUCUCGAACAAUUUGUCCAUUUUCAAAGAGUUAAUUUUAGAGGUGACUGAAUUAAUAACUCAAUAAUUCGCAUUUAAAGUAUGUACAGCCAAAAAAUUAAUAACUUCGAUUUGUAUAC